CCGGUGCCCACCUGCCACCGCAGCGUAAGGACUGGAUUGCAACUUUGUUUUGAACUCCCCGGGUGCGUCCGUGUCUCUCUCUCUCUCUCUCUCUCUCUCUCUCUCUCUCUCUCCCUCUCUCGACCCGCCGUCCCCUCGCAGUCGCCCUCGCUUACCGCCAUGACGCUCACGCCGCCGCUGCUCCUCGCGCUGAUGCUCGGCCUGAUGGGCGCGCAGGCCACCGUCGACCUCCGCACGGCCGCAGCCAUGGCGGCGGGGCUAUGCAAGACGCGUCCCACCGACCUGGUGUUUAUCGUGGACAGCAGCCGCAGCGUGCGCCCCUCGGAGUUCGAGCAGGUCAAAGUCUUCCUGGCCAAGGUCAUCGAGGGCUUGGACGUGGGGCCCAACGCCACCCGAGUGGGCGUGGUCAACUACGCCAGCCGCGUCAAGAACGAGGUGUCGCUGAAGACGCACCGUACCAAGGCCGGCCUGGUCAAGGCGGUGACCAAAGUGGACCCGCUGUCCACGGGCACCAUGACGGGCCUGGCCAUCCAGUUUGCUCUCAACGUGGCCUUCAGCGAGAACGAGGGCGGUCGCGUCAAGUCUCCUGACAUCAGCAAGGUCGCCAUCAUCGUGACGGACGGCCGCCCCCAGGACAACGUGAAAGACGUGGCCCAGCGGGCGCGCGACGCCGGCAUCGAGAUCUUCGCUAUCGGCGUGGGCCGCGUGGACAUGAGCACGCUCAAGCAGAUGGCCAGCGAGCCCCUGGACGACCACGUGGACUACGUGGAGAGCUACAGCGUCAUCGAGAAGCUCACCAAGAAGUUCCAGGAGGCCUUCUGUGUGUCGGACCUGUGCGCCACCGCGGAUCACGACUGCGAGCAGGUAUGCGUCAGCUCGCCCGGAUCGUACAAGUGCGCCUGCAAAGACGGCUUUACCCUCAUGGACGAUGGGCGCAGUUGCAGUGCGUGCAGCAACUCUGCGACGGACGUGGUCUUCCUGAUCGACGGCUCCAAGAGCGUGCGUCCGGAGAACUUUGAGCUGGUCAAGAAGUGGAUCAACCAGAUUGUGGACAAGCUGGACGUGUCGGACAGCAAAGCGCACGUCGGCCUCGUGCAGUACUCCAGCCUGGUCCGACAGGAGUUCCCGCUGGGCCGCCACAACAACAAGAAGGACCUGAAGGAGGCCGUGAAGAAGAUGGCCUACAUGGAGAGGGGAACCAUGACAGGCCAGGCCCUGCGCUACCUGACCGACAAGAGCUUCAGCGUGGGCCACGGCGCCCGGCCCGGCGUCUCUAAGGUGGGCAUCGUCUUCACGGACGGACGCAGCCAGGACUACAUCGGCGACGCCGCCAAGAAGGCCAAGGAGAUGGGCUUCAAGAUGUACGCGGUGGGCGUGGGCAACGCCGUUGAGGACGAGCUGAAGGAGAUCGCCUCGCAGCCCACCGGCGAGCACUACUUCUACACCGCAGACUUCAAGGCCAUGACGCAGAUCGCCAAGAAGCUGCAGAUUAACAUCUGCCAAGAGGAGGACCCGUGCGAGUGUGACUCCCUGGUGAAGUUCCAGAAGAAAGUAGAAGAAGCACUGCAGGCACUAACGAAGAAAAUCGAGAAUAUGUCCAAGAGGAUCGCUCUGCUGGAGAACAAAAUCGUCUGAAGCCCCGCAUGGCGUCAUUCCCCGUUAAACACACGGACCACCCUCGGCCUCCUCGGACACAAAAGGUGCCGGUUGCCAUGGAGACUGUGCCUUUGUUAAAACAAGUCUUCCCUCAUAGGGAAACACUGCAAGCCCACAUGGCGUCACCUUCACUCACUUUUUAUCAAUCCUACUCAUCACCCCUGCACUUCUUGUAUAUAAAAUGCAAGAAAAUGAAUAUGAUUUGUCUCAUCCUAGGGGUAUGACCAUGCUGUGUAUUUUCUAAAUAAAGGUGAUUCAGG